UACAUGACCGGAAGUCGAGGUUUCCUCACCGCUAAAUGACUCUCGCCUUCGUUACUUGACAGAGACCUGAGGAGAUAAUACUGUGAAGUUCACCGCUGAACUUGAAACGUUUUUUUCCGAGACCCGCAGAAAGAAAACACCUGAAAACUCGGACUUUAUUUUCAUUAUAUAUAUAUAUUGAAUGUUGUUUUUAUCAUUCAGCCAAAUUUUAUUUUAUGUCUGUCAUUAUUAUGAGAGAAUCGGACAGGGAAAAUAGCGCCAUGGUGUUUUGAGCGACUUUAAGAUUGCGAAAAGGCUUCGAAGCAACACCUAGAAAAACCUUCUGGGGCUGCUCUAAUGGGGAGGCAGCAAAAUCCUGUGAUGCCAGAAGAUGCCCAGCCGAAUUGUAUGAAAACUCCGACCUACUUCGAGAAGACGAGCAGUUGUGAAAGCGCUUCGACAUCCGUGACCAAAGAAAAUAUUCACCUGGUCAAUGAAGUCCAGUUGACAGCAGCCACUGGGGGAACGGAGCUAUCCUGCUACCGCUGCACUGUCCCAUUCGGGGUAGUGGUUCUGAUCGCAGGUAUCGUGGUCACUGCCGUGGCAUACAGUUUCAACUCACAUGGAUCCACUAUUUCAUACAUUGGCCUCGUGCUCCUCACCGCUGGAUUUUUGCUCCUGGCAUCCAGUUUUAUCUGCUGGAAGGUAAAUCUAGAGAGAAAGAAAGAGCGGCGACGAGAAAGCCAAACCGCCCUGGUUGCCAGUCAGGAACAUUUUCACUUGAAUCCAGGAGCUGCAAAGUCAAAUGGUUCUGGUUCUGACGUAGUUUUGGUGUUGGGCCACCAGGGAGAGAUGGAGCAAUCCGACUAAAUUUCAAACAUAAUGCUCCAAGCAUCUUUCAAAGCAAUUAACGGUGAGCUUGAAGACGUUAUUUGGGAAUCUUCAAUCGACAGCCGGACAGAUGUUGUGCAAGCGUUUGAGCUGAGAACAAAACGGAAAGAAACUUAUAAUAAUGAAGAUGAAUGACCACUAUGUUAUUUAAUGCAUAUUUUUUUUUGCAUUAUCGAACUGCACAAAUCUUUGUUUUUUUUUUUUGCUUUUCUUUCUUUGCAUAUGACUGGUAGUGACAGAAACCGAAAUGAGAACUUAUGUUCUGAGUCAAGUUUGGUGAGACGCAAGGGAAACAUCACAAAAUAUUUACAAGGAACACUAAUAUCUUGUAUUCUAACAAUAUCAUCCUUGUAUCAUAUAUUGUCAGACAAAGAGGCUACACUUAAGACACGCUGGACAGUGUGGCUCUGUAAUUAUCGUGACCAGAAUUAAGAAGACCUUACAUUAAAAUUCAUUUGGCUCAUU